AUGGGACAUCUCAUUCAGCUUAAAAUUCAGGAAUUGGAGACGAAGAAGGAGGAGAAAAAUGAUGUGGAGCAGACACUUGUAAAAAUGACGGGCACAUUGGCAUCGUAUAUUCAGGCUGCAGAAGCUCAGGUCGAAAUGAAAGCCAAACUUUUGGAUCAGAAAGCAGCCUUGGAAGACACCCUCAAACAGGUAUCUGAUGCCGUCCAAGAUAUGCAAUCACGGGUAGAUGAGAUUAAAAGCAAUAUCAAGACCUCGCGGAGUCAGAUAAAUGAGAGAAAAGAACAUUGCGAAACCCAGAUGCAUGAAAAGGGAGAGAAAAUGAACGCCUUACAAAUCCAAUGGGAUAAUGCGGAGGCCGAAAAAAAUGCCCUUGAGACGACAUUGGAAGAGAAAAAGAAGAUCUUGGCUGAAGGCCACGAUGAAUUGAAGAAGCUACAUCACACCUACGAAAAGUUGAGGGCCACUUCCACGGAGGCCUCCAAAACUAUUGACGAAGAGUUGCGGAAGGUGUCGGAAAAACAGGAACGCCUCGGCCAGGAUAUUGAGGCUGCCAAAGGGCAAAAUCAGGUAGCUCAAGAAAAGGUGUCAUCCUUGACCCAGGAGAAUACGGGUUUGGAAUUGAAGCUUCAAACUCGGAGUGAUGAGAUCCGAGCAUUGCAGCAAGAGAUAGAUCGUUUGACUAAUUACUACAAUGAGUUGCCCGGAGCUCGAAAGGACCUUGAAUUGGCUCAAUUCGAUAUCCAAUCCCUCAGGAGCGUUCAAGCCCGAUCUUUCGGACUGGAAAAGGAAAACAAGAUUUUGAAGGAAAAGAAGCGCCAGUUAGAGACAGAUUUACAGGCCAUGGAAGCACAAUUCAACGCCAAUAAUGACGACGAACACGAGUUCAAUCAUACAUUAUUGGAGAUGAAAACCAUCGAGGAGGAAUGGAAUCGAAAGUCGCGCGAACUGAAAGAAAAACAAGCUCAAAGAACGCUGGCUUUGGACUUGAAGAAAGUUCUGGAAACCAAAAAUGAGGAGCUCAAUAAUCUCAGGGAGGAGCAAACUCGAAAGUAUAACCAACAAGUCAAUCAAAUCAAAACUUCCACCGAUCAGACUAUCGCCAAAAAAGAUAAGUUGGAAAAAGUACUAGAAAAAUUGUCCAACGACUUGAAUCGGGUUCAAAACCAGGAUGAUGUCGCCAAAACCAAAGACCCCCUGGGAACUGCUGAUGAGGACACCCCACGACCCACUCAUCCCAGGCUCAAAAAGACUUUGACCAGUGAUUCCAAUUCGAGUGCAUCCAGUGAUUGGCUCUCUAGCUUCCAAAAAUCGCGAGAAAGUAAGGCUUUGCCUACCAAAGGGUCUUUGAGUACCCUCUUUGAUUCCGCGAGUGAUUCCCAAUAAUUUCCAAUGGUCACGGUGUGUUAUUCUACGAAUUCAUCAAUUUCGUUAUGGAUCGUUAAUGAUGUUUAGUCUAAAUAAAUUUUCCCGAGGAAACUGUGA